AUGGUGAGAAUCAGAGGGCCAUUCCGUAGGCCUGACAACAAUGUCGUAGUCGCAGACGACCUCGGAACUCGCGCAGAUCAGCCCAAGAGGAGUGCAGAAGACUCCGGCAGUGGCAGCCCGUCCAAGAAACGGUUGAGGAUGGCCGAAGACGAGAAUGACCAGGCAAACAGCUCAGCUCUUCCUCCUCUUGAUGGCGCCACUCCCACAACCACCUCCGGCACAUUGCCCUCUUCAGGCCCCCCAACCGCUUCAAAGCAUUCCCACGCGCCUGAUCCUUCGGUUUUCCCUUCGCUCUCCACCAACUCCACCAAGCCCCAUUCCGAGAACAGGAACAAAAUUACCAAGCGCAGGCGGGCGGUCCCAGUCAAAGGCACCAAGGCGGACCGCCUGCGCGAGUACAUGAAAGCCCAAGAAGAUGUCGACGACGCCAAGUCCGACUCAUCAGAACCCGAAUACUUCGACAUACACGACGACGACAUCACUAGUCCCAUUGAAGCUCUGGAUGACUAUGGCCCCGGCGGCUUCCACCCUGUUCAUCUAGGCGACACUCUCGGUCCCCUCUCUGACCCUUCCCGCUUUCGCGUCCUCCACAAGCUGGGUUGCGGCGGCUUCGGCACCGUCUGGCUCUGUCGCGAUACCAGAGAUGGCAAACCCAAAGCGCUCAAGAUUCUUUUGGGCUAUGCAUCGGAAAAAGCUGCAAGAGAGUGCCCUGACUUGAAAGCCCUACAAAUUCUUACCCACUCCGACUCUCACUACACGGACCUCUCCCAGUCCUCCCCUCAAGCUCCCCAAGCGCCACAGACGGCCGAAGAUCUUUUCCGAGAACACCACAUCGCUUUACCGACAGAGCACUUCUGGCUCCCCUAUCAACCCAACGGCACGCACCUCUGUUUCGUCACUCCCUUUCUGGGUCCCAGCCUCGGCUCCUUUUGCUCCAUUUACGGACACGUCACAGAUCUGGUCAAACAUGUUUGUUUCCAGCUUGUUGAGGCAAUGCGGUUCAUGCACCAGAAGGGCUUGUGCCACGGGGAUUUUAGGCCGGCCAACAUUCUCCUUUGCUUGAAAGAGGAGGUAAACAAAAUGGGGGACGAAGAGCUGGUGGAGGCUUUAGGAGGCGUACAGACGGCGAAACUUUCCAGAACCCCACGUGACGACAAUAACAAGAAGGGAGACAAACAGAAAGAGAAGGAAUGGCCAAAGGAGCUCCCACGGUAUUUCGUCGGAGAGGUAGACAUGACCAAGUUGAUCAGGGGAGGAUGGUGUUCAUCAAGCGUGGCGGUCAUCGACUUCGGAGUGUCGUAUCAUGUCGACAAACCGCCUGUCAAUGGCUCAGGAAUUCCGCUGCGGUAUGCGCCACCGGAGGAGGCAAUCACGCGCAAGAACGAAGAGGAAAAAGAGGAGGUGAUCAUCAAUCUAGGACCAAAGAGCGAUAUCUGGGCUCUCGGCGUCACGCUCGCCGAGCUCGCGCUCGGCUGUUUCCCCUUUGCCAAGUCUCCAAAUGACUUACUAUCUGCGGUCGACAACAUGGAGAUGGUCAUGGGCGCAAUGCCGGAGCCGUUUCGCACGGCAGUCAGGGAGUGGUAUAGGGAGACCGGUGGUUCAAGACGCAUUUCAUUGGAAGCUGUCGACAUGGUGACGGACCCGGAGACAGGCGAGAAGGUGUUGAGCCCGUUGUCAUUUUCGGUCAAGCGGUGGAAAGCCAGAAAGAAUGCAAUCAAGAAUAUGUGUGGCUACGAGGAUCCGAUCAGUCACACGAUGGCAAUUGGCCUGCAUCAGUCGCAUACGGAGGCAAUGGCGGCUUCCAUCGAGAGGCAGUGGGCGCGGGACAAGACGAGGUUGCCGGCUUAUGGUUUUGAAGGGACGGAGGCCGAGGUGGGUGGUGGUCAAGCGCCGAAGAAGAAGGUCGGUGACAUUGAAUCGUUUCGGGACUUGCUUUUGGGUAUCUUCAAGUGGAUGCCGGAGAAUCGGGCGGGCAUGGCCGAUAUUCUUGCUCAUCCGUGGUUUGCGGAUCGUUACGCUUCCUCGAACAACAGGAAGCCGGAAGGUCUGGUGUCGAAACUCUCUCAAGGCACACUCGGCCUCAUCAACUUCGCGGCCCGGAUCCCUUUCAAAGUCAGCAAGUUCUUCUUCAACGCGUUCACACGAAUCUUCGGCAUCUUUUCGAACCCCGUUUGGUUCUUGUGGGGCGGUCGCCUGCGCACAAACAACCGCAGUGAUCUUGAGGCUCAGUGA